AAGGUAUAAAACCCUACUGGGGGUGAAAAUGUGUUUGCUUUGACUCAGACACACAACUACAGAACACCGCUCCGGAGUAGGAGGUGGUACCGUUUUUUCUUCACUUUUAUUUCUCCGGAAGAGUCAUUUCUAUUAAUGACAAAGGAAAAACGGACAGGAUAUUCAACAGUAUUCAGAACAGAGGGCGUGAGGAGCUGAAGCGUGCUCAGUGAGCUCGGAAAGACAGCGUCAUGGCGGUCUCCACUCAACUGGGCUUACUGCUUUGGAAGAACUUCACUUACCGAAGAAGACAGACUAUUCAGCUGCUGAUUGAAAUAAUCUGGCCUCUAUUCAUCUUCUUCAUCCUCAUCUCGGUUCGGAUGCACUAUCCACCCUACGAGCAGCAUGAAUGCCAUUUCCCAAACAAGGCCAUGCCUUCAGCCGGAACUCUGCCCUGGGUACAAGGAAUUAUCUGUAACGCCAACAACCCCUGCUUCCGGAACCCAACCCCUGGCGAGACUCCUGGGGUAGUGGGCAACUUUAAUGAUUCGAUACUCUCCCGACUGUUUAUUGAUGCUAAGAAGAUCCUGUUGUACACCCAGAAUGACAGGAGUUAUGAGGGUUACCGUGGACUGCUGAGGGCCCUUCACAAGAUGCAAAAGAACACUGCCCGUUUCAAGCUGAAGGACUUUUUGAAAGAUAACGAAACCCUCUCCCACUUCUUGCAUCACAACGCAUCACUUCCUCAUCACGCGCUGAAGCAGAUAGUAGAGGCUGACGUCAAUCUGGAAAAGGUGCUGACUAAAGGUUUUGGCUUUCAUCUCAGAGACUUAUGUAACACAACACCCCUGGAGGAGUUUGUCCAUAUUGCUGAUGGCAAUGUAUCUCGCCUGACGCAAGAAAUCAUCUGCAAAUCCUCCAGGGACUGGCUGAACAAGGCCCAGAGCCACUUCCUGUCAAACUUGGACUUUUUCAAGCCCAUUCGGAAGGAUGUAAAGUCUGAUCCCAAAGUAGUUCAGGAAGUCUCAGCUGCAACUGACUAUCUUCUGGAGAGCCUCGGAGAACUGGCUGUGGAGCUUGCCAGCAUGAAGAGUUGGAAAGAUAUGCGAAAGGAGAUCCUGUAUCUCACUGCCAAUCCCACAGGCUCUCCGAAUCAGAUGUACCAGGCGGUGUCACGUAUUGUCUGUGGCCAUCCCGAGGGAGGCGGCCUCAAAAUCAAGUCUCUCAAUUGGUAUGAGGAUAAUAACUACAAGGCGCUGUUUGGAAACCACGGCAACGACAGCGACAGUGAACCCCUUUCCGCAUAUGAUAACACAUCCACUCCUUAUUGUAACAACAUGAUGCGAAACCUGGAGUCAAGCCCCAUUUCCAGGAUGAUCUGGAGAGCUCUGAAGCCUCUGCUCAUGGGAAAGAUCCUCUACACCCCAGAUACUCCAGCGACACAGAGGAUAAUUCAUGAGGUGAACAAGACUUUCCAGGAGCUGGGUCUUUUGAGAGACCUCGGAGGAAUGUGGGAUGAGAUGAAGCCCAAAGUAUGGAACUUCAUGGAGAACAGUGAGGAGAUGGACUUAGUCAGGACACUGCUCCAAAAUAACGCAAGCGCCACUUUCAUGAACACUCAACUCAGCGGUACUGAGUGGCGUGUAUCCGACAUAUCACGCUUCCUUUCCAAGUCCUCGGCAGACAAAAAAGCUGAAAAAUCAGUGUACACCUGGAGGGAUGUCUUCAAUGAAACUGACCAGGCCAUCCAGACCAUCACCCGCUUCAUGGAGUGUGUGAACCUGGAUAAACUGGAGCCAGUCGCCAAUGAGGAGCGCUUAGUCAACAAAUCUAUGGGUCUGCUUGACAAUCAGAAGUUUUGGGCAGGCAUUGUGUUUUCCGACAUAGCCCAUAGCAACAGCUCUGACCUGCCCCCCAAUGUCAACUACAAAAUCCGCAUGGAUAUUGAUAAUGUUGAGAGGACCAACAAGAUCAAGGAUGGCUACUGGGACCCUGGCCCCAGAGCAGACCCCUUUGAGGACUUACGGUACAUCUGGGGAGGAUUCUCCUACUUGCAGGAUGUCAUUGAACAGGGAAUCAUCCGAGCUGUGACAGGCAGCAAGGAAAAGACUGGUGUCUACAUUCAACAAAUGCCCUACCCCUGCUAUGUGGAUGACAUUUUCUUGAGGGUGAUGAGUCGUUCCAUGCCCUUGUUUAUGACCUUGGCGUGGAUGUACUCCGUGGCUAUCAUCAUCAAGGGAGUGGUCUACGAGAAGGAGGCCCGCCUCAAGGAGACCAUGAGGAUCAUGGGACUUAACAAUGGCACCCUGUGGCUUAGCUGGUUCAUCAGCAGUUUGAUUCCAUUGCUGAUCAGCGCUGGCUUAUUGGUAAUGUUGUUAAAGAUCGGAAACCUACUACCUUACAGCGAUUCAGGCGUGGUUUUUCUUUUCCUGAGCUCCUUUGGGGUGGUAACCAUCAUGCAGUGCUUCCUCAUUAGCACAUUGUUCUCUCGUGCCAACCUGGCAGCAGCCUGUGGUGGAAUCAUAUAUUUCACCCUUUACCUGCCCUACGUGCUGUGUGUUGCCUGGCAAGACUAUGUGGGAUAUGGAGCAAAGAUUGUUGUGAGCUUACUGUCUCCGGUUGCAUUUGGAUUUGGCUGUGAAUACUUAUCCCUGUUUGAGGAGCAAGGCGUGGGAAUCCAGUGGUCCAACUUGCUGGCAAGCCCUCUGGAGGAGGAUAGCUACAACCUGAGCACAUCCAUCUGUCUCAUGCUAUUUGAUGCUAUGCUCUAUGGAAUAAUGACAUGGUAUAUCGAGGCUGUGUUCCCUGGCCAGUAUGGAAUCCCCAGACCUUGGUAUUUCCCUUUCACAAAGACAUAUUGGUGUGGUGAAAAAGAGAACAAGAACCUCUCAACUCCUUUGUCCAAGAAAGGCAACGCCGAUGCUGUGUGCAUCGAGGAGGAGCCAAGCCACAUUGAUCCAGGUGUUUACAUUGAGAACCUGGUGAAGGUCUAUAGCCAUGGAAACAAACUGGCAGUGGAUGGACUCUCCCUUAGAUUCUACGAGGGGCAAAUCACCUCCUUCCUUGGCCACAAUGGAGCUGGCAAGACCACAACGAUGUCAAUCCUGACAGGGUUGUUCCCACCCACUUCAGGGACGGCCUACAUCCUAGGAAAAGACAUUCGCUCGGAACUUAGCACCAUCAGGCAGAAUCUGGGUGUUUGUCCCCAACACAAUGUACUUUUCAGCAUGCUGACAGUGGAGGAGCACAUCUGGUUCUAUGCCCGUCUGAAAGGACUGCCUGAGGAGAUGGUGAAAGCCGAGAUGGAACAAAUUGUUAACGAUGUGGGAUUGCCUCAUAAGCGACAAUCACGCACCAGCACACUUUCCGGUGGGAUGCAGCGGAAAUUGUCAGUGGCUUUGGCUUUUGUUGGAGGCUCAAAGGUGGUAAUCUUGGAUGAACCCACAGCUGGUGUUGACCCCUAUGCACGCAGAGGAAUUUGGGACCUGCUACUUAAAUACAGACAAGGCCGCACCAUCAUCCUGUCUACCCAUCACAUGGAUGAGGCAGACAUCCUUGGUGACCGCAUUGCCAUCAUCUCCCAUGGCAAGCUGUGCUGUGUCGGCUCCUCACUCUUCCUAAAGACCCAACUGGGCUCAGGCUACUAUCUGACCCUGGUCAAGAGAGACUACGACUUGACACUUCAGUCUUGCAGGAAUUCUGCUAGCACUGUUUCCUAUAGCAAGAAAGCCGAGAAGGAGGAUAGUGUGUCUGAGAGCAGUUCCGAUGCAGGCCUUGGCAGUGAACCAGACAGUGAAACCACCACAAUUGAUGUUUCCCUCAUCUCCAACGUGAUUUUCAAGCAUGUGUCAGAGGCUCGCCUGGUGGAAGACCUUGGGCAUGAACUCACUUAUAUCCUGCCAUACCAGUCAGCCAAAGACGGAGCCUUUGUGGAGCUCUUCCAUGAGCUCGAUGACCGUCUCACUGAUUUGGGGAUAUCAAGCUAUGGAAUAUCUGACACCACCCUUGAAGAGAUUUUCUUGAAAGUUGCUGAGGACAGUGGAGUUGAUUCUGUGGAACUUUCAGACGGAGUAGUGCCAACGCGGACUCGUCGGCAUCAUGCCUUUGGAGACCAUCAAAGCUGCUUGAAGCCCUUCACAGAGGAUGACUUUGAUUUCAAUGAUUCUGAAGAAUCUCGUGAGACUGACUGGCUCAGUGGAACAGAUGGUAAAGGUUCAUACCAGGUCAAAGGCUGGAGUCUGAAGCGACAGCAGUUUGUAGCACUACUCUGGAAAAGAUUCCUCUAUGCUCGGCGUUCCAGGAAAGGCUUUUUUGCACAGAUUGUCCUCCCAGCUGUAUUUGUGUGCAUCGCCCUGGUGUUCAGCCUAAUUGUCCCUCCAUUUGGAAAGUACCCUAGUCUGGCCCUAGAUACCAGCAUGUAUGGGGAGCAGUUUACCUUCAUCAGUAAUGACAUGCCCGAGGACCCUCAUACCAAUAAACUGCUUGGAGCUCUGACAGACAAACCAGGAUAUGGAACACGCUGUAUGGAAGGAGGACCCUUGACGAACACUCCAUGUGCAGCAGUGGAGGAUGAGUGGUCAGUUCCACAAGUACCUCAAAGUGUGACAGACAUGUUUGAGAAAGGCAACUGGUCCAUGGAGAAUCCAUCUCCUCUAUGCGAGUGCAGCUGUGAAGGACGCAAAAGGAUGCUGCCUGAAUGUCCAGCUGGUGCAGGGGGUCUUCCACCUCCACAGAUUAAGCUCAGCGAUAAAGACACGCUUCAGAAUUUGACUGGUAGAAACGUGUCAGAUUAUCUGGUGAAGACCUACGCUCAGAUUAUUGGAAAAAGCCUAAAGAACAAGAUUUGGGUCAAUGAGUUCAGAUAUGGUGGCUUCUCACUUGGCGCCAGAAGCUCUCAGCUUCCAGCCCACAGAGACCAGGUCGAUGAUGCAAUUGCUCAACUGCGCAGACGAUUCCGUCUCGAAAGGGGAACUGCAGCAGAUCGUUUCUUCCAUAGUCUCUCCAACUUUAUUCAAGGAUUGGAUACCAAAAAUAAUGUCAAGAUCUGGUUCAACAACAAAGGCUGGCAUAGUAUUGGCUCUUUUCUAAAUGUGAUGAACAAUGGAAUUCUUCGAGCAAGUCUACCAGCUGGCAAUGAUCCCACCAAGUUUGGUAUCACUGCGUAUAAUCAUCCUCUCAAUCUCACCAAGGAACAGUUGUCACAAGUUGCGCUAAUGACAACAUCAGUGGAUGUGUUGGUGUCCAUCUGCGUGAUCUUCGCCAUGUCCUUUGUGCCUGCCAGCUUUGUUGUUUUCCUCAUCCAGGAGAGGGUAAACAAGGCCAAGCACAUGCAGUUUAUCAGUGGAGUGCAACCUUUCCUCUACUGGCUGGCCAACUUUGUCUGGGACAUGUGUAACUACAUUGUCCCUGCCACGCUGGUUAUUAUUAUCUUCAUUUGCUUCCAACAAGAGGCUUAUGUCUCCUCUACCAACCUGCCUGUUCUGGCCCUGCUGCUGCUGCUUUAUGGAUGGUCCAUCACCCCUCUGAUGUACCCAGCCUCAUUCUUCUUUAAGAUCCCCAGCACAGCCUACGUGGUUCUAACCAGUGUCAACAUACUGAUCGGAAUCAACGGCAGCGUGUCCACGUUUGUACUGGAGCUGUUUGGAGGCAAUGACAUUGGUGGUAUCAACGACAUCCUGAAGAACGUGUUCCUCAUCUUCCCUCACUUCUGUCUUGGGAGAGGCCUGAUCGACAUGGUGAAGAACCAAGCAAUGGCUGAUGCUUUGGAAAGAUUUGGGGAAAACCGUUUCCGUUCUCCUUUGGCUUGGGACAUGGUGGGAAAGAACCUGUUUGCAAUGGCCAUUGAGGGAGUCAUCUUCUUCUGCAUCACCGUCCUCAUUCAGUAUCGCUUCUGCAUCAAGGCCAGGUCAUCCUCCAGUCACCUGAAGCCAAUCAGAGAAGAGGAUGAAGAUGUUGCCAGAGAACGACAGAGAAUCCUCAGUGGAGGAGGACAAGCCGACAUCUUAGAGCUUAGGCAGCUCACUAAGAUUUAUAAGCGGAAACAGAAGCCAGCUGUGGACCGACUGUGUGUUGGCAUCCCCCCAGGCGAGUGCUUUGGUUUGUUGGGAGUCAAUGGAGCAGGGAAAACCAGUACUUUUAAAAUGCUGACAGGAGACUCAGUGGUCACAAGUGGAGAGGCCUACCUGGCAGGAAAGAGUGUAACAACAGAAAUCGAUGAGGUACAUCAGAACAUGGGAUACUGUCCUCAGUUUGAUGCCAUCAAUGACCUGCUGACGGGACGGGAACACCUUGAGUUCUAUGCCAUUCUGAGAGGUGUGCCUGAGAAGGAAGUGUGUGAGGUGGCAGAGUGGGGCAUCCGUAAGUUGGGCUUAGUCAAGUAUGUGGACAAGGCAGCAGGCAGCUACAGUGGAGGCAACAUGAGAAAACUAUCCACCGCCAUCGCGCUCAUAGGAGGACCGCCCGUGGUGUUCCUGGAUGAACCUACAACAGGCAUGGACCCUAAAGCACGGCGCGCCCUGUGGAACGCCAUACUGAGCAUCAUCAAAGAGGGACGAUCUGUCGUCCUGACAUCCCACAGCAUGGAAGAGUGUGAAGCACUUUGCACCAGGAUGGCCAUCAUGGUCAAUGGCAGGUUCCGCUGUCUUGGGAGUGUGCAGCACCUGAAAAACAGGUUUGGGGAUGGCUACACCAUCAUCCUCAGGGUGGCUGGACCGGAUCCAGACCUUCGGCCGGUGAUGGAGUUUAUCGAGCAAGAACUUCCCGGCAGCAACCUGAAGGAGAAACAUCGCAACAUGCUGCAGUACCAGCUGCCCUCAUCCCUCACCUCCCUUGCACGCAUCUUCUCCCUGCUGUCCACCAACAAGGAGGCACUCAGGAUAGAGGACUACUCUGUCUCUCAGACAACUUUAGACCAAGUGUUUGUAAAUUUCGCCAAGGACCAAAGUGAUGAGGACCAUUUGAAAGACGUCCACUUAGGCAAACGGGACGCUGUGGUUGUGGACAUUUCCCAGCUAAACUCUUUCCUAAUGGACAACAAGACCAGGGAGAGCUGUGUCUGAUUCCACUGCGCCACUUUCACCCCGUGGGUAUCUAAUGCAUCCUCGUCAUGGUGUCAUCCCUCCGCAGAUAAUCUGUACCACUAAAAUCUGAAGUGGGAGACAGGACGAGGUUCACAUUUUUUUCCUCAUUUGUAGUCUUUUUUUGUGUUGUUAAUCCUCACUGGGCCUGCUGUUCAACGCACAGCCUCUGAAGACAUGAUGAGGCAGAGACUGCAGGUAUCGUGAAAGACACUGAACUCAAUGCAAAUCAAUGCAAGAAAUUCUAUAUAUUUAAAGACGAGAGGAUACUUGAGUGAGGGUUGGAGACCGGUGCUUCUCCUUCACUGUACUGGGACACUUCAAGUGGGAUUGUCGAGUUGCGUUUGACUGGAAAAGUAGCCAUGCUACUCACUUAGAGGACGUCUAGUUUUGAAACCCAUUCCGAAAAGUUGCGAUCAUUCACUGCCAACUGCAAAAGGACGGACUUAAAUCCUUAUCCAGGAUCUAAUCCCUUCAUUACCAGGAAUAGUUUUUGUAACACAGGUUGUGACUCAGAACAUUUACAGUCUGACUCAUUUCAAGGGUGGAACACCAAACACUUUUAGCAGUUAAGAUUUUUUUUAAUACGGCAAGUCGUAACUCUGUUGUAUUUUUUUUAACAUUGUCUCUUUAUUAGUUGUUCCUCCUUGACGUGGUUCAUCACAGUGCCUACGUGAAUGGAGGAGUGGGGGUAAAUAUGAGCACUCCAUUAACCACAACAACAAAAUAGACUGCCAAGGAAUGUUUAAGACUAAAGCAUCAAAGCACAGAAACAAAAAAAAUCUUGUAACGAUGGUCUCUACAUGAUGUGCAGUCUGCUAUAAUGGAUUCUUCUUACUCGUCCCCAUCACCUUUAAAUGGAUGAACGGAACGGUGCGGAACUAUGUCAUGGUGAAGACGAUUACUGCAUGCUCUCUUCUGCCUUGUGGUUUCCCAGCCCUAUUCUGUGUGUGGUCAAGCAUGCAGACUUUGAAAGGACUUGACUGCUGUGUUGUUGUUGGAUUCGCACACCAUGUACAUGUGGGCUUUAAAUCCAAAUGGAGAAGGUGUGAUUAGUGGGAUGCAGGAAAGAAGGUAGCAUUCAUACAUGCUAGAUGAUGAAAAUGUAACACAAUUGGAACUCUCUUGAGUUGGACGUAUAUGUUUCUGUAUAGUAGCAGUCUUGUGACGUCAGCGGUGGAAUUUACAAACUGUGCCAAUUUAAAGUUAAAUGUGUCAACCAGCAGAAUAAUGAUGAGGUAACUGUAAAAUGAAAAUCGUUCUUUCGUUUCACUUGCUUUUUUCCCCUUUCCUUAAACCAGUCAGUCAAAGCAAUUGUCAAAUUACACAAUAUGUGAAACAGUGACAGGUUGCCAAACGCCCAACUGUGCUGCCAUCACCCGCAAUUACUGAUUAGACGCAUUCAGGGACCACUGCAGUUGAGUUAAGUCUUUUGACCAAAUGAAUACAUAUCCAGGAUUCAAAUUGAAGAGGCUUUUAUUAUUGUUUCUGUGUUUAAAAUAAAAAAAAAUGUCAUAGAAAGGAUUUCUAACAGCUCUGGAAUUGCUAGAAAGCUUUUGUGCUUCAUUUCAACAUGUUGACUAAAAAAAAAAAGCUUGAAACAUGGAAAAAGAAAAAUACUGCACUGGAGCACCAAAAUAUUUGUCUGAUGGGUAAACUUGGUAGGAAUGAGUGGUUGAACCAGAAAACCAAGUCAAGCAAUUUGACUCGAGCUAAGGCAGUAAUGUGGUUAUUUUCUCCUGUUGUGCUCAAUAUUAUUAUUCGUUUACAUUUCUUUCAAGUAUUAAACAGCUGUUUGAGUCUGUUACCUGUUAUGUAUAGUAAAUAUUCAAAUAAAGUUGAUACGUUUUGAAAAAAA